AUGUUUAUGUAUCCACGUAAGGGUCUCAUCACCGAUCCGUACCACCAAGAAGACAUCAUCAUACAAGACGAUCAGUUCCCACCUGAGUUCGCCGAGAACUCCCAGCAGUACCAGCAGUCGUAUCUGCAACCGCCUUUCCAGUACAAACCUAACCAGUUCGCCUCUCCGCCAUCUUCCGCUCCAUCUUCACCCACAUUUUCCUCGCCAACUUUCUCCAUCCCCUACCCCCCUCAGGCGGUCGACAGCCAGUCUCUCGGGGCUCCUUCGAUGACCCCGGUCUCUUCCUAUAACCCGUCUUUGGACGUUCAGCAAAGUUCCGCCUCGCCUUCCUCACAACAUCCAUAUAUCGGCCAAUAUCAGCAAUACUACACCUCCAUGUUAGCCCAACAGCCUAUUGUUCCCGGCAAUCAAGCUUGGGAUAGUAACUUGCAGCUGUUGAGCCCGGCUCGUCUCCCAUUUACUCACAAGGCCUCGCCAAGCUCAGUCUCGUCACGAUCUGCUCCCUCCGGUGCCACCAUCUCUCCUCACAUUGCUGCUCAGCAACAUCGCCGAUCGGACAGCUCUUCCAAGCCGCUGCCCACCCCGGUGCAGACACCGCUCCACAACACUUUCCUCGCGCCCGCAUUUCAAAACUACGAUCCUUUUAUCAAUGAUGGUAGCAGUGUCGAGGCGGAAUCAGCGAUGAGAAGGGCGAUUUUGGAUCAACAGACAAAGCAACAUCCUUCACCUCCCCAGCAGCAGCAACAACAAGAGUACUCACAUUCUCUGGCCCCCUCAGUUUCCACACUGAGCCAUAACUCGCCUGUGACCCCACAGACUAGCCUUGACGAGCUCGAGGACGCAUCCAAGUCGAUGUCCAAUGGUGAGACCCGAUUUCCUGACUUUGACCAGUGGAUGGACCAAUACUUACGUGGCGACGCCUUCUCAGAAUACAACAGCAACACUGGCAUGCCCAUUGGGAUCCCCAAGCUUGAUCGCACUAUUUCGGAUAUUUACCAAGACGAGCUGUACAACCCGGCCAUUAUGGCUGCUCCCCAGAUGUCCAAGCCCAUGGGUCAGAACAUGUUGACUUCGCGAAAUGUCAUUGCCGACCGACUGCAAGCUGCUAACCAGGGCCACAUGUCCGCCCGCUCUCUGUCUCCAGUGGCUGGAAUGAAGCGUGAACGAUCACCCUUCCGCCAGAACUCUCCAUUCGCUGGUGCUAUCAGUGCUUCGGCUCUCCAGUCGCAGAUGGCUACAAGUGUUCCUAUGCCUCAGCAUGGAAUGAACAUGUCUUCUUCAGGAAACACUACUGAUCUGAAGACUAUGUCGCCUAAGGAUGCGGUUUUGGAUUUUAAUGAGGGUGAAGAUGUGGCAAUGGCUCCUCUGUUCCCUCCUCAGCAAGCCGACUUCAACCUUGGAGAUGCUCUUGGACUGCGUCGCGAGACCUCUAGCUCGCUCCAACCCUCCACCAUGGCCACGAUGGACGCUUUCCCUGCACAGUAUGCGCCCGUUCAGCAGACUGGGUUCUCUUUCACCCACCAACCGCAGCCCAAUUACUUGCAGCAGCCGAAGAUUCUGAACGGGCUUACCCAUGUGGACUCCAGCAGCGACCUGUCUGCCGACAUGACUCCUCAAGCUCACGUCAAGUCCAUUGGCAAUGGCAUCAGCCGGCCCAGCAACACUUCCUCGGAUGCGGGUACCUACACCUGUACAUACCAUGGCUGUACGCUCCGAUUUGAGACUCCUGCUAAGCUACAGCGCCAUAAGCGUGAGGCACACCGGCAGACAUCUCCUGGUGGACACCUGAUUACUCGGGACACUACUCUACGAAACUCUCAGGCUGGCCCCCACAAGUGCGAGCGCAUCAACCCAUCCACUGGAAAGCCAUGCAACUCUGUUUUCUCUCGACCUUAUGACCUGACUCGCCAUGAAGAUACCAUUCACAAUGCACGCAAGCAAAAAGUGCGGUGUCACUUGUGUACCGAAGAAAAGACCUUCAGCCGCAACGAUGCUCUCACUCGACACAUGCGAGUGGUUCACCCUGAAGUUGAUUGGCCAGGCAAGCAGCGUCGUCGGGGAAGAGACUGA